AACUGGCCCACAAGGUUCAUCAAUUUAGGCUAACUGGCACCUUCAGCUACCACUAACAACAAGUCCAGAAAUCAUAAAACGGCAGGACAUCAAUUUAUAUUCAAUAGUUUUAGUUAAGUUAUGAAAAAAAUGUUUUAGUGGAACUUCAUUGUAGGUUAAGUGUAUGUAGGACUUGGUGCAUGGCAGUGGUAACGACUGGAUUUGCUACAGGGUUUUAUUGAAAUUGUGUGGAAAAUUAUAUGACGCCUUUAGGCACAAAAAAUACCCAUUUACACAAUGAACACCGAUGCUGAAUUACGUGUUGUGAUGAGCGUUUAGAGUUUACGCCAAACCCAAUGAAAAUAUUACAAUAUUCGCCUAUUUAACUUUUGCAGGUCGGCUGACACAAAGGGUUCAAACUUUAAAAAGCAAAUAUAAAUAAUAAAAAGGAACAUUGAUGCAUUUAUUUAGAGGAAAUUUAAUAACUUGAAGGGAAGAAGGAAAUUUUAUUUUUCAUCUCUUGUUGCUUGGCGUCACUGCCCAAUUAGGGUCACGGAGACAUGGAGUUAGGAAUAGUCACGGGGACAAUAAAGGAGUUAUUGGGUCAUGGAAACGUGGCUUUUGCCAGAGAAUGUGAAUUAGUAACUAAAAAUUCUUAUGAGGUCUGAACAAUUAUGCCAAUAACCUUUCGUCUCAGAUUACCAUGGGGAAAAAAAGCGGUGCUAAAGCACAAGGGAGACCUAUUGUUGAACGUUCAAGUGGUUUAAAGAAACUCUCUCCUCAGAAACGGAAUGAAGUAAAUAAUCUUGUGGAAAAGUUACUUAAAGCGAGCAGCGUCGUGCAGCAGCCGGGAGUCUCCCGGGAAUGGGACACUCACCUUGACAUCCAGAAGAUCCUGGAGAAGCUGACGCGAGUGGAGGCAGAGAUGAAGGGGGCGGCGGAGGACCGCACCGGCCACAUGCCAGGGUUCCUGGCGUGGAUGCUGGAGCACGGAGCGCAGUUCGAGGGGCUGAGCGUGGCCAGCUUCCCCGGCUACGACUGCGGGCUGCGGGCGGAGGUGGAUCUGGCGGAGGGCCAGCUGGUGCUGGCGGUGCCCCGUGCCGUGAUGCUGACCGCGGGCGGCCCGGGGGACUCCCCGCUGGGACCGCUGCUCGUCCAGGACCCCAUGCUGCAGCACAUGCCCAGCGUGGCCCUCUCGCUGCGCCUGCUGGUGGAGAAGUUCCGGCCCGACUCCUUCUGGCGCCCGUACCUGCGCGUGCUGCCGGCAACGUACACCACUGUGCUGGCCUUCAGCACGGCCGAGCUGCAGGAGCUGAAGGGCUCGCCCACCCUCGAGUCAGCGCUGAAGCAGUGCCGGAACAUCGCGCGCCAGUACGCCUACUUCAACAAGCUGUUCCAGAACUCAAACGACCCGGCCAGCGAGCUUCUGAGGGAAGUCUUCACCUACGAGGAGUACUGCUGGGCCGUGUCCACGGUGAUGACUCGCCAGAACUUCGUGCCGGGCGCGGACGGCUCGGGCAUGGAGUACGCGCUGAUCCCCCUGUGGGACAUGUGCAACCACGACAACGGCCAGCUGUCCACCACCUUCUCCGCGGAGCUGGACCGCACCGAGUGCACGGCGUUCCGCCGCUUCGAGGCGGGCGAGCAGCUCUUCAUCUUCUACGGCGCGCGCUCCAACUGCGACUUCCUGGUGCACAACGGCUUCGUGCAGCCCGACAACCAGCACGACUCGCUCCGCCUGAAGCUGGGCGUGAGCCGGGCCGAUCCCCUGCAGGCCGCGCGCUCAGAGCUGCUGGCGCGCGUGGGGCUGCCCGCGGCCGGGGACUUCUGCCUGAGGGCGGGGCCCGAGCCCGUGGACGGCCGCCUGCUGGCCUUCCUGCGCGUCUUCAGUAUGCGCCGAGAGCACCUGGACCACUGGCUGGAGUGUGCGCGCAGCUGCGACCUGGUGUACCCCGACUGCGCGGUGGACACGGAGGUGGAGGCCCGUGCCUGGGGCUUCCUGCUGGCGCGCAUCAACCUGCUGCUGAGUGCCUACCCCACCUCCCUGCAGGAAGACACCGUGCUGCUGGGCACACCGGGGCUGGCCCCGUGCAAGCGCCUGGCCGUUCAGAUGCGCGCGGCAGAGAAGACCAUCCUGCACAGCGCCGUCGAGUACGCACAGCAGCGCCUGAAGGCCUGACCGGCCGCGCAUCUGCCGGUCCGCGCCCCAACGCGCGGUUACGAGCAUGGCGAUGUACCGAGUCUCUUCGUCGCACAAGCUUCCGUUCCUCUGCACCUCACCCACAAUUUAACAGUGAAAUUUUUCCAGUUCAUAAAAAUUAAUGUUUUAGUUAGGUACCUUGAAACAUUUCUCGGGAGGGAUUGCUACUUUUUUUUUUCUUUCAGAAAUCAGCAGAAAAAAUUUAAAAUUUAAACUCAUUUUUCAAGCAUGUGUAAAUGUAAUAAAUAAGCUUGCAGUGUUCUACUAACACAUAAGAUAGUCAGACUUCUCAGUAGCGGACAGCCAUGGGGAAAGGAAAAGUGUCCUCUAUUGAGGAUUAGAUUGUUAUAGUUAAAUAUGUAUGACUUUGAUUUUAUGUAAAGAACAGGUUUUAAAAAAAGGUGUUUCUCGAUUACUAGUUGAGUAUAUUGACACUCUCUACAUAGAAAGCCAUCAAGCUUUGUUUGUUUCUCACAUCAGUUUUACUUUCUAGCUCACUAACUCGAAGUAUUCUUUUGUGGACAUUGAUCACACAAAUGUUUUUUUGAUGUACGAGAUGACGUUUCUGAGACGUAGUUAAAAAUGUGUGAGUUAUCAACAACUGUUCACAAAAUCAAUUCUAAAGCGCAACUGAAUCCUAGUAAAAAAAAAAAAGGUAAUAAGUUGUCAGCAAACAGUAAUGACAGCGAAGAGAGAUCCAAGAGCUAGUGUCACCACAGUGGUUGGCUGCCGGGUGCCAGACGCCAUGGAACCAUCUGUGUGAGGGAGGGAGUGUCUACACUGCCUGCAGUGCAGCGCUCGCUGAGGGAAAUGUGGCACAACACACUUCAAACCAAUUUUCAACUUAUUUCCUUUUGAAUUUUUAACAAUUUAACAAAUAAUUUUUAUGUUUUCUCGAAAAGAGGUGGUCAUAAUAAACAGGGUCGUAACAACGGGGUUUGACUGUAUGCAUAUUCAGAUUGUCUUCAAGAUGAAUAGAAGCUUAUUUUUUCAAUUAUGUUAACUGUAAGUAAACAAUUCAAAAAUUUACUUUUAAAUUGCAGUUGUAAUGCAGUAGCGAUGUGUGCACGUUGAGAGGAUAAAAAAAACAAACAAUGUGGAAUGUUGGUAACCAUGUCAGUUUUUUAGAAUGUCUGCUAAACAGAGUUGUUAGAUUCAUAAGAGCCAGUAUCUGAGAGCCGGGAUUUGAAAGUUGCCCAUUGUUAGGAGAUGUUCAGUUUUUAGAAAGUGUCCGCUACUGGAAGUUAGACUGUGUAUGUAUAUAUUUAAAUAAAUCUAGUCUUGCCAAUGUGUCCAUUAUGUCCAUCGCUCAGGAUCAUGUUUUCUACCAUUGGCACUAACUGCAAGUGUUAUGUUACGUGUUGUUGAGAGUACUGUCAGAAAUAACCUUAUGGUGACAUUUGCUGUUUAUAAAGUUGUAUGUUGAAUUGAAAUAUAACAUUUGUUGGUUUAAUAA